AUGGAGGUGGAGGAGGAGGGAAGACGCUCUCCACACAAUGGUGAGGAUGCGUGUGCUCCCGAGAGCUUCUUUGAUCGCGUAACGCAAGGGUUACGCUGCGAUCCCAAACAUGAGCGGGACAGGCGUCUCCAACUGGCGGACAAUGUCUCGAGGCAUCGAGCUGAGUUUUCCUUUGCUCAGCUUGAGAACGAGAGAGCUUUGACAUCUCUGAGUGACGAGCUAAGGGUAGCUCGUGUGAACAUUGACCGGUAUCGGGCUGAGAUAACUGCUCUUCAGACCCUUGCAGAUAUCCACCAUCGGGAGCACAAGGCUCUCUGCGAGAUGCUUGAGCGGAAGGGCGUUCUUCAUCGGAAGAAACAGCGUACUGAUGGUACGGCUUAA